AAUUAAUUCGAAUUUGAAAUCGAUUAAAAAUAAUAAUCGAAAAUAAAAGAUUUCUUCAAACAACAAAAAAAUGAACAAAUUUACUAGAAAAUGCUGAAUUGUAAUAUUAUUUAGCAGAGAAAACGAUUUUAGCGCCCCUAUCUAUUGCUGACAUUUAGUUGCCAUGGCAACAUUUCUAUACUUGUUUGUAAUAGAAGUGAUAAAGUUUCCGGCAAACUCUCACUAAUAUGUCAAUAAUUUCGAGUGAUAUAUGAGACAAAUAUGCUGCGCAUUUAAAAGUGCUUCUCGGUCAAAUUUCUGAAUACAUUAAUCCUUAUAAAUCAUACUGAAAUAGCUGCAUUUCCUUCCUUUAUAUUCAUUAGAAAUAACCGAAGAAUUUCAAGUGAAUCAUUCUUACUGAUAAUUUCCAUUUUAAUUAGUACAAUGAAGAAACUUUUCUCAAAAGUAGAACCGUCUUCCAGAGAAAUUUCCAAAUUUGUGAAUAAAACAUUUGUAAUUGGUCGGCAUACAGUAACUGUAGAUGAUGUCAUUGCUGAAGGUGGUUUUGCUCUUGUGUUUCUUGUUAAGUCAAAUAAUGGACAGAAUUAUGCUUUGAAAAGAAUGUUUGUAAAUAAUGAACAUGAUCUGAAUGUUAGUCGAAGAGAAAUCCAAAUUUGUAGUAGCUUAAGAGGACAUAAAAAUAUUGUAGGAUAUAUUGAUUCUACUAUUUGUCAUAUUGGAGGUGAAGUUUAUGAAAUAUUAUUAUUGAUGCAAUAUUAUAGGGGUCAUGUUUUACAGUUAAUGAAUGAAAGAUUACAGUCAGGAUUUAGUGAAACUGAUAUUCUUAGGAUAUUUUGUGAUAUUUGUGAAGCUGUAUCAUGUUUACAUCAUAGUGUUAAACCAAUAAUUCAUAGAGAUUUAAAGGUUGAAAAUAUUUUAGUGAGUGAUAGUGGUCAUUAUGUUCUCUGUGAUUUUGGAAGUUGUGCAACAAAUAUAAUGGAUCCACAAGCCCAAGGAAUUCCUGCAAUUGAAGAAGAAAUUAGAAGAUAUACAACUAUAUCAUAUCGUUCUCCUGAGAUGGUUGAUUUAUACAGUGGUCAUCCAAUUACAACAAAAGCUGAUAUCUGGGUAAAUAUUUAAAAAAUUGUCAUUUAAGUCAUUUUUACAUAAUGCUAGAAUUAAUAAAUAUCACAUAGCUUUAAUUACAUCUUUUUACAAUGUGUUUAAAUAUAUUAAAAAAAGAAGUGAAUUUUUCAGCUAAAAUAAGUGGAUUUU